UUGAACUCGGCAGGGCUCCUCAAAUUCAACUUGGGUCGAGCCAACCCACAACGAUGUUGGUCACUCCCAGGCCCUAGCCACCACUUAUCGCCUGCGCUUCUGCUCUGAACUCCAGCAACAGAAGAUAAUCUAAUACUAUAAUCUCUACAUUUUUACGAAUUGUAACAGAAAAACCCAACAAAAAUAUGGAUUUGAUAACUCGGAAUGUGAAUAUUCCUUCAAUUUCUCUAACUAAAUUGAAGCACCCAAUAAAAAACAACGAGAAGGAGAAGCUAUUCUUUCGUUUUUGCAACUACCCUUUGCAAAAUUCUUACCUUAGGAACAAAUCUUGCUCAAUUUCAAUCACACGUGCAAGAAAGAAGAAGAAUUCCCAGAAUGAGUCACCAAAUCUUCCACCACCCACCAUUGAAGAAGUGAUUGAAGAUGAUGAAGAUUUUGAUGGAGUAGAAGAAGAUGAACUCUUAAUUACUGAUGAUUUUGAUGAGGAGGAAUUCCUAGAUGACGAUGAGGAUUACUUUGAGGAUGAGUAUGCUACAGAGAAUGCUGAAAUUUAUGCCGGAGAUGGUGCUGAAGGAGGUGGGAUAUCACUUGCUGGAACUUGGUGGGAUAAGGAAGCAUUAACAAUUGCUGAAAAUGUUGCAAAAUCCUUUGAUGGUGAUCUGGGUAUUUAUGCCUUCAGAACCCUAGCAAAUGCCACAAUUCAAGUUCGUAUCGAGAAGCUUUCUACGAAGUAUGGUUCUCCAAACAUAUCUGACAUUGAAGCAUUCUCAGCAGCCUACAGAACACGAUUAGAUGAAGCAGAACUAGCUAAAACCAUACCUGAGAAUAUAUCCCUGGAGGUUUCUUCUCCUGGUGUUGAGAGAGUCAUUCGCAUUCCACAAGAACUUGACAGGUUCAAAGAGAAGCCUAUGUAUGUCAAAUACCUUACUGAAGCUGCUGACUCAUCCUGUGAAAGCGAUGGUGUUUUCAGGCUUGUUUCAUUUGACUUAGAAACAAAAUGUUGUACUUGGGGGCUAGCUGAUGUGAAGAUUAACCGAGAAAAGGCCGGAAAAGGAAGACCAAUGAGUAAAAAACAACGUGAAUGGCGAGUGACGACUUCCUUUGAUUGCAUUCGUUUAGCUCGCGUGUACUCUGAAUGAUUACAUUACACAUAUAGACCCGGGUGUCGUUUGGUAUUAUUGAUGUAGAAGUUGUAGAAAUCAUUUAGAGCCCCGCAACUUUGAGGAUAUUUUUUUGGAUAGUAUCAAACUAUGUAGCGUAGAAACGGAUGGGGUUUCGGAACGGAAACACUUUGGAAACAGGAAAACCUCAAGUCUCAUAAGUUUCCGUGCUUUAUGGGUAUCAAAUAUUAGAAAUCUGAUGUAGUGAAAGCCAUGUAAUAGGACCGCACUGCACAUGCUUAUAUUGUAAAUCAAGAAAUCUAAUUUAAGUUUCGGGAGACUUAGUCAUUCAUGGUCCUUUUGUUUAUCUGUAACCUUUAUAUGUACCUUCUAAUUGAUCAUAGGUAAUGUAUAUUAUACGCGUGAUAUGUUUUUUAAUGUA